AUGUGGGAUUGGCUGUCAAAUCUAGCUUACCACUUAUUCAUAGGAAAAGUAACCAAACGAGUCAAUGCCAUGAACCAAGAUGUGAAAGAAAUUAUGAACAAGACGUUUCAAAAGGAAAAUUUCACGAAGCGUUUCAACCCCAAGAACUCAUCCAGAAGUACAAAGAAUUCUGCAAAAGAAGAUCACACACAAUCUGAUCCUGGGCCUCCUCGAAGUACCAUUGCAAAAGUUAAUCAGAAGAAAGAUGAAUCUGAACCAUUGUCUACCAAAGCUCUUCGUCUAGCUGACUCUCUCUAUUUGAACAUAAAAAGAAAGGACAAGAAACCUAUUCACGUUGAGAAUGAUUCAAACGCUAGUGACGUCAUAAACGUUCCGAUAGGCAAAGCAGAUCUUGAGCGAACUCCUCCAAGCAAGCUCGUACCCUCGGGAAGAAGGAAAGGCCAGUUGAGCAAGAAAUCAGCAUUGGCACAAGAGAAGAAGGUUCAAAUUCCACAAAAUCGAUUGCAUCGUGAACCUGCCUUCCGGAUGAAAGAUACAUGA